AUUAAGAAAACAAUUCCAUUUAUAACUACAUCAAAAAGAAUUAAAUACCUAGGAAUUAUGUUAACCAGAGAGGUAAAAGAUGUAACUGAAAACUAUCAGAUAUUAAGAAAAGAAAUUGCAGAUAUAAAUAAAUGGAAAUAGUCCAUUCUCAUGGACUGUUAGAAUAGGGAGCAUUAAUAUUGUUAUACACUCCAUUUUACAGAUUUGCGUGCAGAUCCUGUAAAAAUUCCGAUGACAUUUUUCACAGAAAUUGAACAGAUAAUCCUAAAAUUUGUAUGGAACAGAUAAUCCUAAAAUCCUAAAAAGACCCCAAGUCAUCAAAGCAAUCUUGAGAAAACAAAGCUGGAGAUAUCACACUUCCCAGUUUCAAACUGUCUUACAAAGCUACAGUAAUCCAGUAAUCCAAACAGUAUGCUGCCAGCAUGGACACACACAUGUAGAUCAAGGGACCUGAAUAGAGCCCAGAAACAAACCCACACAUAUGGUCAAUUAACUUACAAAGGAGCCAAGAACACAGAUGGUCCCCAACUUAGGAUGACUUGCUUGGUCAUUGUGUAGGUACAUGUUUUAUAAGAAACUGCCGGAGCUUUUCUCCAAGUGCUGGUACCAUUUUGUGUUCCCACCACCAGUGUGUGAAAUACUGUUCCCUGGCAUGUGGUGGUAACUUUUUUCACUCUGGACACUCUGGUAGGGGUGCAGUGCUGUCACACGUUGGACCCCAGGGAUUUUUAUUCUCUGUUUCAGUCUGGGGAAAAUAAAUGAACCAAAGAAGAAGGGGAGAAGGAUGAAGCAAAUAGUUGUGUUUGAGAGUCUAUAUACUGUACACUUCAUGGCCAGAUCCUCACCCUUUCCACAUCUUCCUGUCCUUUUUAGAUCAUGCAUUGUUCUUUUCGUAGCCUUCAAAUUUAUUUUUGUUGUUGUUCAUAAUUACUUUUAAGCCUGUUUAUUUCUAAAGCUAUUCACUAGUUUAAUUACCUGAACUUCUUUGGUGCCUAAUACAGCUUUUUGUAAUACCUGUGGGACUUCACUCAUUGUGAACUUUUUUCGUCUGCUUUUUUUGUUUUAUAAUUUUGUAAAGGGAGCUCAUGUUAAGUUAGGCUUUAUUUGUGGGAUUCUUGUCUGGCUUGGAGGUGUUUUGUUUUCUUUAUUCUUAUAACCCAGAGAUGUCAUCAGCCUGUGACCACUUUCUAUAUAAAAGUUCUUAAUUUGGGGGAUCUUGACCAUGAGAGCUAAGAGGAGUAUAAAUUUAAAGCCCAAAUCUAUUAGAAGACAGUCCCAAGGUUAUGAACUGACACAGAAUUUUUUUUCAUUCCCCAGUCCCAGUCUAAGACAAACGUUCUCCUGCUGGAUUGUGUGUUUCCGGGGCAUUCUGACCCUUCAGAAGGAAAGCAGCCAUGUCCUUGGACGACAUUAAGAUGAGUUCUACGGACUUCCUGGAGCAGGCAGACCUGGACAGUGGGGGCUUCGGGAAGGUGUGUCUGUGUCUACACAGAUCCCACGGACUCGUGAUCCUGAAGAAGGUGUACACGGGCCCCAAGCGCACCGAGUACAACGAGGCCCUCCUGGAGGAGGGCAGGAUGAUGCACCGGCUGCGGCACCGCCGCGUGGUCAAGCUGCUGGGCGUUAUCAUGGAGGAGGGCAGCUACUCGCUGGUGAUGGAGUACAUGGAGCAGGGCGACCUCAUGCGUGUGCUCAAGGCCCAGAUCAGCAUCCCCCUGUCCGUGAAAGGGAGAAUCAUUAUGGAGACCAUCGAAGGGAUGCGCUACUUACACGGAGAAGGGGUGAUUCACAAGGACCUCAAGCCAGAAAAUAUCCUCGUUGACAGUGACUUCCACAUCAAGAUAGCUGACCUCGGCGUUGCUUCCUUCAAGACGUGGAGCAAGCUGACGAAGGAGGAGCGCAACGAGCAGAGGCAGGCGGGCGGCGGUGCCGGGAAGGGCGGCACGCUGCACUACAUGGCCCCCGAGCACCUGAACGACGUCAACUCCAGGCCCUCCGAGAAGUCCGACGUCUUCAGCUUCGCCAUCGUGCUCUGGGCCAUCUUCGCCAACAAGGAGCCAUACGAGAAUGCCAUCUGUGAGCAGCAGCUGAUACUGUGCAUCAAGUCUGGGAACAGGCCGGACGUGGAGGACAUCAUAGAGUUCUGCCCGCGGGAGGUCAUCGACAUCAUGAGGCAGUGCUGGGAGGUGAACCCGGACAACCGACCCACGUUUGCGGGCAUUGAAGAAAAAUUUAGGCCUUUUUAUUCAAGUAAAUUAGAAGAACAUGUAGAAGAGGAUGUGAAGAGUUUAAAGAAAGAGUUUCCAGGCCAGAAUGAAAUUGUAAAGAGAAUGAAGUCUCUCCAAAUUGACUGUGUGGCAAUAGCUCCAAGCAGGUCAAAUUCAGCCACGGAACAGCCCGGCUCUCUGCACAGCUCGCAGGGCUUCGGGAUAGGCCCCGUGGAGGAGUCCUGGUUCGCCCCCGCCCCGGAUCACCAGCCGGAGGAGGACGACCUCCUGCUGCACAGUAAACUCCAGGAGGAGGCCAACUACCACCUCUACGGCAGCCGCAUGGACAGGCGGACGAAAGAGCAGCCCGGACUGAGCGCGGCUUACAGCAGCGAGGAGAGGCGGCGCAGGGUCUCCCACGACCCUUUCGCACAGCAGAGACCUUAUGAGAGCGCUCAGGGCCCAGGGAUAAAAGGCCUCGCCUACCCCGGUGUGACGAAUCUCACCAGUGCAGCCCAGCAGCCCGCAGGGCUGAGCGGCCAACACCAGUCACCAUACUGCAGAGACGGAUCAUUUCGUCCGCUUGAGCUUAGAGUGAGACCACUGGACCUAGGGACCACGAGUCCACCAGUUUGGUAUGGGCCAAACCCUGGCCACAUGCCAAGCCUAUAUAAAACUCCGGUGCCUGAGACCAACCUCCUGGGGAACACGCCCACCAUUCCAUUCACCUCCUUGCCAUCAAGAGAUGAGUCUGCAAAGUAUACCAUCUACAGCAGUUCUGGCAUUCAGAUUGGUGACAGCAACUACAUGGAGAUUGGUGGCGUGAGUUCAUCGGUGCUGGACAGCACGUACAUGCACUUGAAAGAAGAGCCGGCUUCUAAGUACCAAGCUAUCUUUGAUAAUACCACUAGUCUGACUGAUAAACACCUGGACCCGGUCAGGGAGAAUCUGGGGAAACAUUGGAAAAACUGUGCCCGUAAGCUGGGUUUCUCCGAGUCUCAGAUCGAUGAAAUCGACCACGACUACGAGCGAGAUGGACUCAAAGAGAAGGUUUACCAGAUGCUCCAAAAGUGGCUGAUGCGCGAAGGCAGCAAGGGAGCCACAGUGGGGAAGCUGGCCUUUGCACUCUACCUGUGCUCCCGGAUAGACCUGGUCAACUGCUUGAUCCGCAUCAGCCAGAACUAAGCUCCCAGGCGCUCCUACAGCCGGAGGCCGCCUUCUCACCCGGUGAGAGCCUGCUGCCUGCGGUGUCUCGGACUUCUUUCUCCCUGAUAUGGGGGUGCUAUGUCUGCGUAGAAAUCACUUCCUGCCUUUCACAGCUGGAGUGUGGAAAAAGGAAACUACGGCAAACCACCCACUUCGCAGGACGACCUAUUCAUGGCCACGGCCCAACCCAACAAGAAGCCUAACUGGGCUUUGAAAAGGAGAGAAGAGAGAUUUGAGAAAGACCUUUUUUUUCUUUCAUAUUAUCCCAUAAUCUUCAUGCUAUUCAUUCUGGUUUCUGGGAGUUUUGUUUGAGCAAGGGAAAAAAAAAUUCGGAGAAUAUAACCUAAGUCAGCUUUCUAAUUUUACACUGUCUUCUCCACAUAAGUGCCUGUUAUAACCAAAGUAAAAAAAAAUUCUCAUCCAGUCAGAUAGUGGAAAACUGGAGGGGGAGAUGGCCUCCAGCUGUGGGAGGGGUGGGGUGAUUUCUUUUCCAGAUGCAUCAGUUGUGAUCACUGUUCUCUAAAUUCCAAACAGGUUAACUAAUCAGUGUCAGAGGCAAAAAGCAGACAAUAUUUUAAUGAACUAAUUAAAAUAAAAUUUUGUACCUCAAAUAGAA